AUGAUCGCAGAGAUCAAUGCAACUUGUAGUUUUCUUCAAGACUAUAGCGGUAAUGGUGAAAUUUCAAAAGAAAAUGAUACUUUCAGUUCAUUAUCCACCUCUCUGUGUCUCUCUCUGGGCAGUCUCUCUAUUCAUCCAUCUGUUUCUCUCUACCCGUCAGCUCAUUAUCCAUCAUUCUCUCUUUGUGUUAAGUGUCCACCUUUCAGCUCAUUAUCUAUCAAUCUAUCCGUCAGCUCAGCCCCUCUCUCUCUCUUUGUGCUAAUUAUGCAUCUCUCUCUCUCACUCUCUCUGAAUAUUCAUCAAUCUCUCUCUUUUUACAUAUCCGACGACUCAUUAUCCAUCUCCCUCUCUGUUUAUUAUCUACCGAACUCUCUCUCUCUCUCUGUGCUAAUCAUCCAUCCAUCCAUCAUAUCUCUCUCACUCUUACUCUCCGCUUAUUAUCCAUAUUUCUUUCUCUCUCUCUCUCUUUCUCUGGUCAAUGUUCAUCACUCUCUCUUUAUAUAUCAGUCGGCUCAUUAUCCAUCUCUCUCUCUGUUCAUUAUCCACCCAUCUCUCUCUCUCUCCGCUAAUUAUCCAUCCAUCACCAUCACUCUCUCUCUCUCUCUCACUUUCUCUCUCUAUCCUUCAACUCACAAUCCAUCUUUCUCUUGCUCUGUGCUAAGUUUUCAUCUCUCUCUCUCUCUCUUUCCUGAUUUCUGCUCAAUAUCCACCCUUUCUUUCUGA